AUGAUCUGGUAUCUCCUUUAUCCCCUUCGAGGAACGACCGAAGCUCCCGUCCUCACACCUUCUCAUCCUCUACGCCGAGCCUUCGCGCGGUAUGGCGCCUAUGCGACUCGUCACGUCAUCACCACACUUCUCAUCUCCACCGCUGUCGCCGCUGUUCUGAUAUAUCCCUUUCCUUUCCUCUAUACCACCGAUUUUACAAACGGCGCUUCCAACCUCCCGCACCAUGUCUGGACGCUGGCCCAGCCCAUCGAGAAAGCUACCGUCGAGCCAGACGUCGUGAUGCGCUCCGUCUGGGUCCACGGGAGCUACAUGCAAGCCCUCGACCGCGAAGUCCUGCUAGGCGCCCUACAACUGCAGGAUGAACUUUUGGGCCCGACAGAGAACUUCGAUCCCCGCCGCUCCGGCCAACCUGCCAUCGAAGUGCGAGAUCAUAGCCUCGACAUGACGCCCAAUGACCGUGACGCUUUCCAUGUCAUCAACGGAUUGACGAAUCAGUCCUGGUUCUUCCACUCACCCCUGCAGUACUGGUACGGGUCGCCCGAGCGCAUCAGCUCAGACGCGGACAUCAUAUCCACCGUCAACGAGCGCAAGAGCCAGCCUACCUCCGUCAACACCACUCUCCGGCACUCCAUCGUUUUCAGUGGCAAGCAUUUCGAAGACCGGAGGUUGCUGGCCGCUGAUGCACUAGUCAUCACCCUCAUCCACUUGCGCGAUUCGCCCGUUGGUCGCCAGUGGGAGCGAAAAGCCGCUGCUUUGGCGACCCAGAUGGCAGACAAAUGGACAGCCUACCCCGCCGACGGCAGCAGCAUGUCGAAUCAGCUUUACGAGUUUCAGUUCCAACCCAUGUCCAUCCAUGACACCAUCGUUCUGGCCUUGGCCUAUGGCUUGUCCAUGCUCUAUUUCUUCGUGAGCAUGUCCAAGCUGAGGGCCGUCAAGUCAAAGACUGGUCUGAUUGUGACUGUCAUGACGCAGAUCAUGCUGUCCAUCUUGUCGAGCUUCACCGUCUGCGCCGUCUUCAAGAUUGACCUGUCCAGAAUCCCGCAGGCCGCCUAUCCCGUUGUUGUGCUAUCCAUGAGUCUUGAAAAUAUCUUCAGACUCAUCAAUGCCGUUAUUGCAACACCCUCAGAACACAGCACUAGCAGUCGCAUCGGACACGCCUUUGGCGACACGGCUCCCAUCGCCCUCGCGAGCUCUCUGCAAAAUGUGUUGAUUCUAUGGGCGCUUUCCAGGGUUGUUUCGCCUGGUGUCUCUGCCUUUUGCACUUUUGCCGCCGUUGCCAUCGUCUUUGACUUUUUCUACUUGUCAACAUUCUUUCUGUCGGUCCUUGGCGUAGAUGUAAGGCGUACAGAGCUCAGCGAGGCGCUAGACAAAGCCUCAUCCAGGGUCACACGACGCCCGAGCGAAUCUGCUGCACGUGCCAGCUGGACCGACGCUCUGCUGCAGGGGAAAAUUGCCAUGUCUACACGCAUCGCCGGCACCAUCAUCAUGGUCGGCUUCGUAUUGGCUGCCCAGUGGCAUUUCUUCGAGAACCAGACAAUCCUCCGCGUGCUUGGUGGCCUGUUCCGCCUGUCAGACACCAAGUCGAGCCUGACCCAACAGAAAGAAUCCUUGUUGGUGGAUAUACAUCAAGCUAGAAGUCCAACCUCCUGGCUUCGUCUUCAAGAUCACGAAACCGCUCGGGAGGUCAUCAGCGUCAUCAAACCAUGGGCGCACAGCUAUAUCGCCCAGGUGUAUGACCCGCUCGUUUUUGUAUUGAAAGGUGCCGACCGAACACCUCGACUUCCUGAGCGACCUUUUCUGCCGGCAUUGUACGACUUCAUUGAUCAUCACCUUGUUCGCUUUGUCUUGACUGUCAUACUCAUCCUCGCAGCCGUCCGCUUGUUUAUGAGCUAUCUUUUGUGGAAAGAGGAUGCAGAGUUCAAGUCGGGACAUGACUUCGACACUGAGCCGCUCACGUCAGUUACAUCCUUGUCAAAGGGGCACACCCUCGAUGUUGUCCUGAUGGCUGCUUCAGUCGACGGCCAUAUUGUAUCCGUCGGGCUUGACCGCUCCAUCCGCGUUUGGGAUGUUCGGGCUGGACAGGGGCAGUAUGCGCUGGGCGAAGUUUCCGAGCCCCCGGAUCGCCUCUUCCCGGUCUCGGCCAUGGCUAUCAAUGAUGAUUGUUGCUGGUUGGCCCUUUUGUCGCCUUCUAAAGCUCACCUCUGGCAUCUGACAGAGAAGAGAUGGGGCCCUUCGCUUCCCGUCGACCUUCAAGGCCAAAAACUCCAAGCCUUCUUUUUCGGUCCCGCCACAACCAAUUCUUCACCCUCCUUAUUCGUGGUUCGCCGCAACGGCACCAUGAUGGAGCUUGCAACCUCAACUGGAACGGUGAUCGAGUUCGCUAUCUGUAGGAGCCCCUUGGUCUCCGUCAAGCCUCUCGCCCAAUCAUCUUCUAAAAAGGGCUGCAUACAUGUGGCCAACCAACAAGACCAAUGUUGGACUUCCGUGAGCCUCGACAUGCACUCGCUCGAGGACCGAGAUGCUUCUCAGGUCGUACCACUUCCAGGUCUGGACUGUUUCCUCGUGGCACGACAGCACUCGGUUGAUCUCGUUGACGGCAAGGCGUAUCGGCUUCUGCACGUAUUCGAGACAGGUCCCAUUCAACCCCAGACGCUACGAGCUUUCCACUCAGCUCGAAGGAAACCACAAUGUGGAUCUGUCGGGCUCAUCUCGUUCGGCCUUGCGUACAACGAUAGCAAUACCGGUGAUUGCGUCAUCCAGACCUAUUUACCCAAGGAGGACGGCGAUACCAUUUGCUUCCGCGACUCAAGUGCCCCGGCCAGUCGAAGCUGUUGCAAGUGGCCCGAUACGAUAAUGUCACAGAGGCGUAUCAACAACCCAGGCACGUGGGAGGCUCUGUCAGGCGGCUUCAUCGUCGGCGUACGCCGUGAUCAGCCCCUUCCCGCCCGGUACAGUCCUGACUCGUCGCCCACGACCCAGGGCCUGCGCCGGCGUAUCUACAGCUUCCGACAAGACGACAGGCCCGGCUUGAAGCUGGACAAGUGGGAAAUUUGGGUCGCUUCACACUCUGGCCGGCACGACGUUUACGAGACGAUGCCACUGCACUCUGACGACGAGUUGGGCGGCUGUCUCAUGAUCUCAGAGCUGGGACCGAUGGUCAAGGUCGGCACGGCCUCUGUUGUCGUUGGCUUUGGGACCAUUCUCAAGCUCAUCACUGUCGGGCACGAACACUUUGAGGUUGGCCAAUUUGCUGCCAAGGGCCAGGAACUGCUGAACAUCGGCAGUCGGAGACGCAAGCCGGGGCCUGGGACUUUUAGGGCCAGGGCCAACGUGUGGGACAAGAGCCAGUAGCCAUCAGCCUGUCGGUGGGCGCACUAAUGACAUGUUCGGCGAAAACAUCCAUGUCGUGAGUUGACGACCUGGACCUGGGGGACGGAAGGAGCGGCGUUGCGUUUAUAUAUUAUACCAUUGACAAUUACAUGCCUACACCACAGACCUGUGGUAAACGGAUCUUCGGCUUGGGGCGUUGGAAGGAUUUUACUCAUAAGAUACCAAAUGAAUUUUACUC